AUGGAGGAGCCUGGGAGCAGUCAUGGGGGAUGGGAAUCGGCGAAUGGCAAGGCGCCAGAUGUCAAGCGCCAGAAGCAGUCCUUGAAUGAACAUUAUCAAGGCAUGGAUGAACAGUACCAAGCUGUGGGGGAACAGUACAAAGCCGGAGAUGAGCACAAAGAAAGGCGCCAAGGAGAGAAAGAUGGGGCGGAGGGGGCAGCUGAAAGUCUGAAGGAGAGGCUGAGGGAGAAGGAAGCAGCAGUGGAGGCGCUGCUGGCGAAGCUGCAAGAGAUGGAUAGCAAAGACAUGGAGAUCGAGCGUCUUACAGCCGAGCUUUUGUUCAAAGAAGAGGAGAUGGAGCAGACUCGCAAGCAGCGAGAGGAGGAGGCGCAAAGGCGACAGGCAGCGGGGGCUGAAGCAAGGGAGUUGAAGGAGAAAAUGGCAAGGGCUGGUACAGAGAGGUGA